AUGGAGAACGGGGAGGAGGUCGUGAUGGCGGCCCCGGAGCCGGAAGUGCAGUCCCCGGCCGCAGUCCCUGAUUUGGAGUGGUGUGAGAAGUCGGAGGAAACCCAGGACCCCCAGAUAGAACUACUUGAGACCACCUCCACCCGGGAACCUUCCAACCCUUUGGAGCCCUUUCGUCCCAGAGACUGCAUGGUGCCAGUGGUGUUUCCUGGGCCUGUGAGCCAGGAAGGCUGCUGUCGCUUUACUUGUGAACUUCUAAAACAUAUCAUGUACCAACGCCAGCAACUACCUCUGCCCUACGAACAGCUUAAGCACUUCUACCGAAAACCUUUUCCCCAGGCAGAGGACAUGGUGAAGAAGAAACCUCGGGCCAGUGCUGAGGUGAGCAGCAGGAAAUGCCAGCAAACCCUGGCAGAACUGGAGAGUGUCCUCAGCCACCUGGAGGGACUCUUUGCCCGGACACUAGUCCCUCGAGUGCUGAUCCUCCUUGGGGGCAAUGCCCUCAGCCCCAAGGAGUUCUAUGAGCUUGACUUGUCCCGAUUAGCCCCCAACAGCAUGGACCCGAGCCUGAGCACAGCAGCUUGUUUGCGCCGCCUCUUCCGAGCCAUUUUCCUGGCCGAUGCCUUCAGUGAGCUGCAGGUCCCUCCACUCAUGGGCACCAUCGUCAUGGCACAGGGUCACCGCGACUGUGGAGAAGAUUGGUUUCGACCCAAGCUCAACUACAGAGUGCCCAGCCGGGGCCACAAGCUGACUGUGACCUUGUCCUGUGGCCGACCCACCAUCCCAGCUGCAACCUGGGAGGAUUACAUUUGGUUCCAGGCACCAGUGACACUGAAAGGCUUCCACGAAUGAAUGGGAAUGCUCAUUGUGAACACAGUGGCUAAAUUAUCUUUCCCCUGGUGGCACCACAUCACCCAUCUCCUGCUUGGACCUAGUUAAUUCCUGGUGGGAGGAAGGGUCUGUCCUUCUGGCUGCCUGCCCCCCUUAGACUUUCUGGUGGACUGAUGGUUGGCUGGGGUUGUAAUAAUCGUCAUUGAACAAGCAUCUCUUUGAAUCACAGGCUGAUUUUCCCAGAGGGUGCUGGGUCAGGUGUUUCUUUUGGGGGCUGGAAAGCAAACAUGGGCCCACAGACAGGCUCCCUCCCCUCCCCACCCACCCCCGGAGGGGGUCGGGCAGGGAGGUGACCCUUUUUAGCUUUUGCUGUGGCUUUUCAGAAUUUUUAACAGGGACAUAAUGUGGGUGUGACUCGUAGACUUAAAUAUAUUAUAAAAUGAAUGGAUUCAUAUUAAAUUUUCCUGAAACAUUUUUGGCUUGAAGAGGCUUAAGGCUAGAGUAAUCUCCCUUGGUCUCUUAGGCUUCAGCCUUCCAUGAUUUCUUUGUUUUUAAUAGUUCUUUCUCUUCAUUAUUCCUGAGCCAAUAUGGGAAGUUAAAUGACUUGGCCAAGGUUCUUUAACAGUUUGAUAGCAGAGUUGGGACUAAGAAUCCUCUUCAGCUAACUCCUAGCCCGAUGUUCUUUGCUUGCCACAUGUUGGGUUCUGUGACCCUUAGAGUAUGUGUACCCAAAGCAGAGGUCACACAGUGCGAGGGCCCUGAGAAAAAACCAAGAGAGUCUCUGCAGAGCCUGAUUGAACUAUAGGCUAAGACACCGGGUCUGCCCUGUAGAGUCACUUCCGUGAGGCCACAUGUCCCUUCUGGAAUGCGCCCUGCCAUCUCCACUGCAGUUGCAUGGUGGCUGCUGGCAGUUACUGUUGGCAGUAUUGUCCUUGUGCCAUCCCUGCCCUCCUGCCUGUGGCCAUUCCUUCUCGGCAGCAUCUGUGGGUUGGCCAUCCUGAUCCUUACUGUUAUCCUCUCCAGCUUGGUGCUGUCCUGACCACUGAGCACUGAUGCUCUUUGUCGCUGAGAACAUCUGCUUAUUUCUUGGAAGCAAGUUGAAGGCAGAAUCCUCACCCUGCUGGUGUUGGGGAUAGGUGUGUGGUGUGUGUGUGUGUGUAUGCAUACAAUAUAUGCUAUUUUGUAUAUUUUAAGAAAACAUGGAAAAUAGUUUAUAUUUUAUGGUAGGUUUUAAGCACUUUACAUACAUUAUCUAAUAACCUUACAGAGUUCAUAUUAUUGUCUCUGUCUUAGAGACGAGGCUUGGGGAGGCUGAAUAACUUGCAUAAGUGUUGAAACCUGGAUUCAGACCCAGUCCAGCUGACU